AUUCUAUUCUAACCUCAAAGAAAAUCGCCCCUUUAAGGUGGAAAGGAAAGAAAGUUUAGGUGGGAGUGUGGAAGGCAAAGAACGAGAUAGGGCAUUGGCGACAGUGCGCUCUUGCACCCGAGCAAUUCACCUCCUUCUGCUUGUUCAUCAUCACCAGCAUCGUCAUCUAUUUACUCAACAAUCGUAUCUGUAACUUCAACUACCCUUUUAUUCAACCAUGAAGCUGAAGGCGUCAGUGAAUCGACCUCCCACGCCAGAUGUGGUCGAAAAUGCCCCUGAAAGGGAACCCACGCUUCAAGAGCUCAUCAAUAUCAAGUUGAUUGAGACUGGGGAGAAGGAGCGCCUCAUGGAGCUUUUGAGGGAAAGACUUGUUGACUGUGGUUGGAAGGAUGAAAUGAAAGCUCUUUGCAGAGCCGUUGUGAAGAAGAAAGGGAGGAAUAAUGUUACUGUGGAUGAACUUGUACAUGUCAUUACUCCAAAGGGCCGAGGUCAAGAAAAUCCUUAACUUAUACACCUAUAAUUGCAAUUCCACACCAUUUCAAAGGUAUGAUCUUUGAGCCUUUAACUACAUUAUUCGACCCCAACUUUCGGUAUCUUGAGCAUUGAAGUCUAUUUAGGUGUACUAUCUCAGUUUGCUAGAUCUUCUGUACAUCUAGCCUCUUUUCCCUUCAUAUCAUUUGAAGGCCUUCCAAUUUGUCUUGAAAGUUAAACAGACUCAGAAGUCACAUUGGGCCAACUAAAUUGUGCCCUCACAUUGCCCAAGAUAACAAAUAGGGAAGGUUUGAUGCUGGCAUCUUGAGCACUGAUGGAGAAGGGAAGGAUUAUCACAGCAUUAGAUGUUCCUACCAAAUCUAUAAUCAUAAUGCAUUGGGCUUUAUCGUAGCAUACCGAUUCAUCGAUGACAUAAUUUCAUGCUGAAGUUUGAUUGCAUCUCUAGAAUUACAUUUUUAUAUGAAGGCAAAAAAUGAGUUUGUUUUCAA